GGCCGCGCUCCUGCUCGUCCCGUCACUGUGAGUGUGUGUGUGCGUGUGCAUGUGCACGCCACUGCCAUGGAACAAGGUGCACAACUAUAACUCUGCCAACCUCUCCAAGGGGGAGCUGAUUUCAUCCUCCUCUUUUUUUCCCAGUCAUUUAUUUUCCCCCAGUCAUCCUCACCGGAGAGCCGGCGCGCCGGAGCCGGAGCAGCAGCAGCGGCGGCCGGUGCAACUUGCGCACCAGCGGACCAUGGGAGUAGCUGGCACUACUACUACAACUGCUCGCCCCCGGGAGAUAAGUGCGAGGAGGAGAGGGAGAAGCAGCAGCAGCAAGAGGAGGAGGUGAAGAAGAAGAAGGAGGAGGAGAGAAAGAAAGGGUCCCGCAAAAACAGCCGACGCGCACGGAUCCAGAGCUCCAUCAGCGCUCCGGCGUCUCCGGCUGAACCCGGGGACGCAUGUGAGAGAAGAGCCCGCAGAUCUAGCACAAAACACUCUACGAGACUAUUUUGGGAAUAUAACAGUUAUUUUUCAGUCUUGUGGAGAAAGAGAAAAGCAAACAGAGCUGUGAUUCUAACAGGAAUAUGCAACACUUCACCCGCCGCGGAGCCUUAACGCCGGACUUAAGAACCACUGGGUGUCAUUUUAUGGCUAUGUCGGGGAACAGCAGCCUGUGAGCGGUUCAUCUCCUGUGACACCCCCCUCUCCCCUCUUUUCCCUUCUUCUUCCCCCCAUUUAUUUUUUUCCCCAUCCCCAAAAAACACCAAAACCCCCCGGACGCGCUCCCUCCCCGGACGCGCGCCCUGCCCGCUCCGUCCCCGCCAGCGCGCUCCGUCCUCGGUUUGGGAUCUAGUGUCAUUCAGCACCGAUGGAGACGGGACAGCGAACAUGAAUUUACGGAGAGUGGAGUGAUGAAAAUCGAUUACUGGAUCUGAAACCCGCACACACACGCACACUCCCCCCCCGCCCCCUCCACAGAAUAGCGGGACAUUUUUCAAGCUCACCUUGGAGGUCAAAACCAAACCCACAACCCCCCUCCCCUCUUUUCCUCUUCCUUUUCCACCUCUAAAGGAUCUUUUUUUCUAGAGAGGGGUUCAUCCUUUUCAAGAGUGUGACCCUCCUCCCCCUUUUCCUCCCCCCCUUUCAGCAACACCUUCACACCCCCCUCCAAACAAAAUGAGACUGGCAAAAAUGUGCCGACUAAACGCGCUUGGGAUCUAUUUGUGGGAAACGGUAGUGUUUUUCAGCCUCGCAGCUUCGAAAGAAGCUGCCGCGAGGAAAGCAGCGUCCCCGAUGCCGCCUUCCGAGUUUCUGGACAAGCUAAUGGGCAAGGUUUCGGGUUACGACGCCAGAAUCCGACCGAAUUUUAAAGGUCCCCCUGUAAACGUAACCUGCAACAUUUUCAUCAACAGUUUUGGGUCCAUCGCUGAAACAACGAUGGACUACAGAGUGAACAUCUUCCUGAGGCAGCAGUGGAACGACCCUCGGCUGGCGUACAGCGAGUAUCCCGACGACUCGCUGGAUCUCGACCCGUCCAUGUUGGACUCCAUCUGGAAGCCCGACUUGUUCUUCGCCAACGAGAAGGGCGCCAACUUUCACGAGGUCACCACCGACAACAAGCUGCUGCGCAUCUCCAAAAACGGGAACGUGCUCUACAGCAUACGAAUAACACUUAUUCUGGCCUGUCCCAUGGACCUGAAGAACUUCCCCAUGGACGUGCAGACCUGCAUCAUGCAGCUGGAGAGCUUCGGCUACACCAUGAACGACCUCAUAUUCGAGUGGGACGAGAAGGGAGCGGUGCAGGUGGCCGACGGCUUGACGUUACCUCAGUUCCUCCUCAAAGAGGAGAAGGACCUGCGUUACUGCACCAAACACUACAACACAGGUAAAUUCACCUGCAUCGAGGCUCGGUUCCACCUGGAGCGGCAGAUGGGCUACUACCUGAUCCAGAUGUACAUCCCGUCUCUGCUCAUCGUCAUCCUGUCCUGGGUUUCUUUCUGGAUCAACAUGGACGCGGCGCCGGCCCGGGUGGGUUUGGGCAUCACGACGGUGCUGACCAUGACCACGCAGAGCUCCGGGUCCAGAGCCUCCCUGCCCAAGGUGUCCUACGUAAAAGCCAUUGAUAUCUGGAUGGCCGUCUGCCUGCUGUUCGUCUUCUCGGCGUUGCUGGAAUACGCCGCCGUAAACUUCAUCGCCCGCCAACACAAGGAGCUGCUGCGCUUCCGACGGAGGCGACGACACAUGAAGGAGGAUGAGACGGCGGAGGGGCGCUUCAGUUUCCCGGGCUACGGCAUGGGCCCGGCCUGCCUGCAGGCCAAGGACGGCAUGGCCAUCAAGGGCAACAACAACAACGCCCCCACCUCGGCCGCGCCCGAGAAAAGCAUCGAGGAGAUGAAGAAGCUGUUCAUCGGCCGGGCCAAGCGCAUCGACACGGUGUCCCGCGUGGCCUUCCCGCUCGUCUUCCUCAUUUUUAACAUUUUCUACUGGAUCACGUACAAGAUCAUCCGCAGCGAGGACAUCCACAAGCAGUAGUGGAGGAGGAAAGAGCGGUGGGAGGGAGACGCAGCCCCACGCGGGAAUGCAGAUACAAAAAAGAAGGAAAGAAAGAGAACGAACUUCAAGAGGAAAUAUAAUUGCCCCCUUUUUUGCCAACCAUAACUCUUGCCCCGAUCCUUUUACUGCCCCCUCUUCCUCUUUUGUUGAGGAUGCGUAACUUUCUGAGGCAGAAAAAACCCUCGAAACCCCGACCUCAUCCCGUCACUCGAAAGCUUUUCGUGCUUUUCUCCUCCUCCCCCAGCGCGGAUCCCGGCCCGUCUUCCUGUCUCUCUACACCCUGGAACAAUCCGGACCAGUGCAAUAGCAAUGCAGUAAAAUGCAUGAAAUAUGAAUGUGGCAAUAUAAAAAAGAAAAAGAAGAAAAGUUAGUGGAAAAAGUGCAGCGAAACUUUUUUUGGGCCGUGAGCGGAACUGGAACAAAUAGAGAUGAUAAAGGAUCUUGUAUUUAAUUUUAUUUUUCUGUUUUGUGUCAGACAGAUAUAUAAUUCUAUAUGAAAUGAUGAUGU